AUCUGCGAGGUCAAAGAAGGCUGGCCUGGCUGGCUGUGUUCAGUGGUGCUGUUGAAAAACACGAUGAAAAUGGCGUGGCAACCGCAAGAGGAAGGACUUAGGCAAAUCAUAACGCUCCUGAAAGAGUCUCAGAGUCCAGAUACGGCUACUCAGCGAGCUGUGCAAGAAAAAUUGGAAGAAUUAAACAAGUUUCCAGACUUCAACAAUUAUCUUAUUUUUAUUUUAGCUAAACUCACAUCAGAGGACGAACCCACGAGGUCUCUCAGCGGACUGAUAUUGAAGAACAAUGUUAAGGCCCAUUUCCAUAAGUUUUUACCAGAAGUUACAAAUUUUAUCAAACAAGAAUGUUUAUCUGCCGUCGGGGAUCCAUCUCCUCUCAUUCGUGCGACCGUUGGUAUUUUAAUAACUACCAUUGCGUCUAAAGGUGAAUUGACCACAUGGCCGGAGUUGCUACCAGCGCUUUGCCAAAUGUUGGACGCGCAAGAUUUCAACGUCUGCGAGGGCGCGUUUGGCGCUUUUCACAAAAUAUGCGAGGACUCUGCAGAAGUAUUAGAUUCGGAUGCGCUUAAUCGGCCAUUGAACGUUUUAAUCCCGAAGUUCCUGCAAUUUUUUAGACAUUCGAGCGCUAAAAUUAGAGCGCAUGCUACCGGCUGUGUUAAUCAAUUUAUUAUUAGUCGUACGCAGGCCCUUAUGAUUCACAUGGACAGCUUCCUGGAGAAUCUCUUCCAGUUAGCCGACGAUGAAGAUGCCGAAGUGAGAAAAAAUGUUUGCAGAGCUUUGGUUAUGUUGCUGGACGUUCGGAUGGAUAAAUUAAUACCACAUAUGCACCAUAUAGUAGAGUACAUGUUAUUGAGAACUCAGGAUACCGACGAGGGUGUUGCUUUGGACGCUUGUGAAUUCUGGCUUUCAUUUGCAGAGCAACAGAUCUGUAAAGAAGUACUUACGCUACAUUUAAUUCGUUUGGUGCCUAUAUUGGUACGAGGUAUGAAAUACUCCGAAAUUGAUAUAAUACUUCUGAGGGGUGACGUGGAAGAGGACGAAAUGAUUCCGGACAGGGAGGAAGAUAUUCGGCCGAGAUUUCAUAAAUCAAAAACGCAUCACAUGCAUUCUACCAUGAAUAAACAUACAGACGAGAAUGGCGACUGCGAUGACGACGACUUGGAUGUCAAAGAUGGAUGUAACGAUGAUUCGGCGCUUAACGAGUGGAACUUGAGAAAGUGCUCAGCCGCCGCGUUGGACAUGUUGGCAAACGUGUUCAGGGAAGAUCUGUUACCAGUUUUAGUACCAAUUUUAAAAGAGACUCUCUUUCAUCAAGAAUGGGAAAUCAAAGAGUCUGGAAUAUUAGCAUUAGGAGCUAUAGCAGAAGGUUGUAUGUGUGGUAUGAUUCCGCAUUUACCCGAGUUAAUUCCAUAUUUAAUUAAUUGUUUGAGUGACAAAAAGGCGCUGGUACGCUCCAUUACAUGCUGGACGUUAAGUCGUUACGCACAUUGGGUUUGUGCGCAGCCACACGACACACAUUUGAAGCCUUUAAUGACCGCGUUGCUCAAAAGAGUACUUGACGGCAAUAAACGCGUUCAAGAAGCCGCGUGUUCUGCUUUCGCAACGUUAGAAGAGGAAGCAUGCACAGAAUUGGUCCCUUAUCUUGGUUAUAUUCUCGAAACGCUUGUUUUCGCCUUUGGUAAAUACCAACACAAAAAUCUUUUAAUAUUGUACGACGCAAUUGGUACGCUUGCUGAUUCAGUGGGACAUCACCUUAACAAACCGGAUUAUAUUAACCUUCUUAUGCCACCGUUGAUAAAUAAAUGGAACGUAUUAAAGGACGAAGAUAAAGACCUUUUCCCAUUGCUAGAAUGUCUCUCCUCCGUAGCAACCGCGUUGCGAUCAGGUUUUCUUCCUUACUGCGAACCCGUCUAUAGGCGGUGUGUAUCCCUUGUAGAGCAGACGCUAAAUCAACAUAUAGCAAAUACCCAGAGCCCCGAACAAUUCGAGGCGCCUGAUAAAGAUUUUAUGAUUGUUGCGUUAGACCUUCUUAGUGGCUUGGCAGAAGGAUUGGAUGGUCACAUGGAACGCUUAGUAAUGAAUAGCAAUGUAAUGCAACUGUUGUAUCAGUGUAUGCAAGAUGGUAUGCCUGAAGUUAGACAGAGCAGCUUCGCCUUGUUAGGUGAUCUUACAAAGGCCUGCUUCCAACAUGUUCUCCCAUGCAUACCGGAAUUUAUGCCUAUACUCGGGCAAAAUUUAUGUCCCCAGUUCAUAUCGGUGUGUAAUAACGCAACAUGGGCGAUUGGCGAAAUAGCUAUUAAACUUGGAUCCGAUACGAGCGCCUAUAUUCCGCUAAUUUUGAAUCAACUUAUCGACAUAAUCAAUAAACCAGAUACGCCAAAAACACUGUUAGAAAACACGGCCAUAACGAUCGGUCGCCUAGGUUAUGUGUGUCCCCACGACGUCGCCCCCAUGUUACAGCAGUUUGUCCGACAGUGGUGUACUUCAUUGCGGAGCAUCAGAGACAACGAAGAAAAGGACUCAGCAUUCAGAGGUAUGUGUCAAAUGAUUACGGUAAACCCAGCAGGAGUCGUGGAUGAGUUCAUCUUCUUCUGCGAUGCUGUCGCAUCGUGGGUCUCGCCGAGAGAAGAUCUUAAAGACAUGAUCCAGAAGAUACUACAUGGUUUCAAAGCUCAAGUUGGUGCGGAUAAUUGGAAACGAUUUUCAAAUCAGUUCCCACCACAGCUCUAUGAACGACUCCAUAAUAUGUAUGGCGUCUGAGCAGCCCUCCCUAAAUGCGAAGGCCGCUUAAUGGGGCAGGCCGAACGGGGUUGGGCGGGAAACAGAACUAUGGGUGGACAGGGUGGGUGGGUGAAACCACGGCCUCUUCUCAUCAACAUCGUUGUCGUUACCGUGUUAUGGUCAUCGUCAGGCUCUCGGGGGAAUUAAUACGCGUCAUUAGCUCUGCGGUCGGCGAGCUUUAAAGCGAAAAAAAAAAAAAAAUAAAUAAAUAAAUAAAUAAAUAAAAUCGAAGUGAGAAUGGAACGAAGAAAAAAUAUGAGAACGACUAAACAACGUGUUGGGC